GGGGAUUAAGUAAACUGCCUAUGCUUAUCACAGUCACCCCUGCCCAUGAACAACUUUGUGUCCAUGUUUAGUUAUUUGCUUGGAGCUUUGCCUUUCCGUGCCUGAGUCAAGGCUCUGCAGUAAGAGGCGGUGUUCUUUGUUGAGCGAAGGCAUGAACGGUUCGUUGUGUGGAAGCAAAGGUGCUCUUUGUAAUUGCUGUUUGAGGAGCUGUGUUUCUAAGUGGCGUGGGUACAUGUUAAUUCGCCCCUCCUGGAUUGUGGCUUUUGUUAAGGCUGGCAAUAAGAAAAAGAAAAUCAGCAAGGCUGAACGACUGAGGCAGCUGCAGGAGGAGGAGGAGAGACGCUUGAAAGAGGAGGAGGAAGCCCGUCUGAGACGUGAGAGAGAAGAACAGGAAAGACUUGAAAUACAGCGAAUUGAGAAGGAGAAAUGGCGUCGACUUGAGGAAAAAGAUCUACAAAGGAGAACGGAAGAACUGGAAGAACUCUCUUUAUUAGAGGAGUGCUUUCCUGAAGCAGAGAGAUUGAAACGGGAGAUGAGACUGCUCUCUCGGUGGAAGCACUACAUUCAGUGCGAUGGCAGUCCUGACCCUUCAGUAUCCCAGGAACUCAACACCUUCAUCAGCUUGUGGAAAGAGGAGACCAACGAGAACUUCGAGCAAGUGAUCGAGAAGAGCAAACUAGUACUGAGUUUAAUUGAGAAGUUGAAGUUGAUUUUAUCGGAGACUCCCCUGUACGAGUUGGAGGAGAAAAGUGUGAAGCAGUACCAGGGGUCCAUUCUGCAGCUGCAGGAACUCCUGCAGCUCAAGUUCAACGUGGCCACGGAAAUACUGCUCCGCAAUGCUAGCACUUUAGCAGAUCUGGACAGUGGAAACAUGGAGAGGAUCAUCCGCGGUGAAAACAUCACGCUGUACAUAUGGGCAAACCUCAAGAAGAACCCAAGGUACCACCUGGGGACGGUUUCCUGUAGACAGACGUUCGCAUCACGCGUUUCCAGGUACAGAACUGUCAGAUUCUCUGAAACCAAGGUUGGUUUUGAAAUUCCAAGGAUAUUGGCAGCAAGUGGCAUUGCUCUGCGCCUCCUCCACACGCACUAUGAUCACGUGACUCCACUGCGUCCGCUGCCCACGCCACCUGCAGCCGGAGACGGUGACCAAGAACCCAACGCCGCGCCUGCGGCUGAGCCUGUCAGAGAGGAACUGAAGAAUGUGGAAGAAAGCAGCAGCCAAGAGGACCAACAAGAGGCUAAAGAGCCGGAAAGUGAAAGUAAUUUAGUUAACGAAGAAGAAAUAAGAGUUGAGGAACAAGGAGAACCCGUUCCUGAAGUGCACGUGGUUUCCGUCAAGGAGGAACCUGAGGCUCCAAAACGGGAACCGAAGAUAGAGCUACUAAGUAGGAAGAUUUCAGCAGUGCAGUUGAUGCUGAUCAAGAAUGCGCCGGACAAGCCUGAGCUCUUCGAAGACAAGGAGGUGGACCUGCUGCAGUUCACAACCCUGGGCGGCGUGUACAACUUGGAGAUCUUGCAGCUUCCUCCGCAGUGCAGACCAGUGAAGGGCUGGAUGAUCGUGGAGCUACUCAAAGAAGGACUGCAGAGAUUCACCUAUCCUCCAGAGACCGAGGAUGACAAUGAGACGGAAGUCUCUUUUCCACCCAUAGAGGUCACAAUUGAAGUUCACAAAAACGUGGUUUUUUUUGAGGAUCCUGAGGUUGCAAGGUGGGAUGCUGAAGGUAAAUACUGGACAACAGAUGGCAUCAGCAAUAUCUCGUACAAACGGAAAGAAAGACUUGUGACAUUCAGCCUGGACACUUUUGGCCCCGUUACCUUGAUCCAAGACACUCACAUUAACAUGCCGUACCAGUCCUGGGAGCUGAGACCACUUGAAUCAAACACGGUACUUCUCACCGUGACUACUGUGUUCACGGAGGUUCAAAUAAAAAUCAAGGAAAACCUCUGCAUGUUAGCAUCCAUCAAACUGAAAGACAGGAAGCACCUCUCGGUUUUGGAAGGGAAAUGGAUGACUCCUAUUCCUUUCAUUAACGCUUUGAAAGAAGCUGGAGUGAAUAUCUUCCCUUCUGAAUACUCUCAUUUUUAUGUUGUCAUGAACAAUAAGGUUCCUGUAGUAGAAAUGAAAGCUUACCGACAGAUAGCCCUGCUGAGUCCCGCCUUUGCCUUUGGUUGGAGCAGGUGGAAUAUGCUGUGCAAUUCUACAAAGGUUGUGUUUAAGGUGAAAGAAUAUCUUAGAGAGGCAGCUGCUGAAAGUCCCAAGUGGGACCUUCUGCUCUUCAGCGGGGAGAGAGCCCAGAGACUCAAGGUGGACGAAGACAGCGAGUCCUUCUCCGAAGCCCUCAAAGACAACACCGAGUUCCACUCCACUGUGUUUCACAUGGUUAAGGAUUUUGCUUCCAAAGAAGCGAUGGAGGUGGUUAGGGAUCCCCCGUGCCUCUUGGUUGACGCCGUGUGUCACAUGCUGUUCUCGACUAGAGUGCUUAGCUACUCUUAAUCGCCACAUGCAACCUUGAUUCAAGAACCAAAUGUGGGGCGAACAAAUCAGGUAUGUCUUCAAUAAAGCAAAUGAAUAGCAUGUUUCCUACUGAAAGUGGGGCUUAUAGAGAAUUGCAACAAGGUCACUGCAUCUCAAUGCUUCUUUAUUUCAAUAAAAUCUAGCAGAAUAAUAUACUA